AUGGCAUCCCUCACACCUUCAGAAUACCGCUCCCAAUUCUUCUCCAAAGAAUGGACAAUCAGCAUUCCCUCCAACCCUACUGUGAAAUUCUUCCGCGCAACCCCAUCGCACUUUGACAUCUGGCUCCCCAUCGCCACAAACACCAACAACAACAAAUUACAAGACAACAAAGACCAAAUCUGGGACGACGUCGCCAUCUCCAAAUUAAAAAUCGAUAUGUACAAUCAAUACAUCAAAUCCAAUAGCGAUUUUCACUGUCUCAAGGUUCUAGUAGAGGUUAAUGGACAGGUUAGCGGAUUUGGGGAUAUUUUUGUCGUGGAGCAGGGAGUUGCGAAUAUUGGGGUGGUUUUGAAUAAGGAGGCGAGAGGGAAGGGAUUGGGAAAAUUAACGGUGAGUGUUUUGACGCAGUUGACGUUGGAUUUUGGGUUGGACGUUGUGGCGGGUACGAUGGGGGGGAAUGCGCCGAUGCGCUUUACGUUGAGGAGUUUGGGGUUUAGGGAGGAGGAGAAGGUUAUUGAGAUUUUGGGGCGUGGUGUUGUGGCGGAGUUUUCGUAUAGUCUUUUGAGGGAUGCGUGGAAGGAGGUUGAAAUGUGUGUGGUGUUUGGUGAUGGAGAGUGA